UGCAUUAUUAUUUACAUAACAAAUAUGGCGGCGCCCUUGGCACGGACACAGCUGUCAAAAUUGAAAUCUAUAUCACAAAUUCCUUGUCAAAUCAACAGGAUACGGAACCAAACUUUGUCACUAAACAGAUUAUGCCAAAGAUCAAUAUUCACUUCAUUUGUUAGACCGAAGACAGCAACAAAAUGGAAGAUCGGCGCUGGAGUUGCAUUUGUGUCGUCUGUUUUCGCGACAAAAUUUAUUACAAAAUCUGACGCAGCAUCAGAGGAGAGACCAGUUUCAAGACAUGUGAAGGGAAUUCUAGAUAUAGGAGAUCAAAAGUUCACCCUCUACCAGUUUCAGUCAUGUCCAUACUGCUGUAAAGUUAGGGCAACUUUGGACUUCUUCGGAUUUCCAUACGAUGUUGUUGAAGUAAACUCUAUUACAAAGUCCCAGAUUAAGUUCUCAGAUUACAAAAAGGUUCCCAUACUAGUCGUGGAUGGAAAUGAUGGUGAAAAUGACUUUACUUUGCAAUUUAGUGACUCAUCAGUCAUAAUGAGUGUCCUAGCUAGUUAUGUGUAUGAUCAGACUACGACCCUACAAACAAUCCAGACAUACUAUCCAGGAAUGAAGGAAAAACGUGGCAGAAAGACAGUAUGGGAUUUUCCUAACAAAUAUUUCCUCAUGUAUGGUGACAAUAUUGCUGAUUCAAGAUCAGAGAAGGAACGAAGUUCUGAACGCCAAUGGAGGAAGUGGGUAGAUGACAUUCUUAUGCACACGAUCUCCCCGAAUGUCUACCGAACCCUGGGCGAAUCCCUGGAGGCAUUUAGGCACUUCUCUGACUGGGGAGAGUGGGACAAACACUUCUCAACCCCCACACGACUCUUUGUGGUCUAUGUCGGGACUCUAGCAAUGUACAUCAUUGGACGAGUGGUGAAGAAAAGAUAUAACAUCAAGGAUAACCCACGGGAGUCUCUGUAUGAGGCAUGUGAUGCAUGGAUGGCCGAACUUGGGGAUCAGUCGUUCCUUGGGGGAACCAAACCCAACAUGGCCGACCUGUCAGUGUAUGGAGCUCUUCACUCCUUCAAUGGCUGUGAGGCCUUCAACGACCUGAUGUCGUUCCACGCGAUACGGGGCUGGUACGAUAACAUAGAGGCAAUUAUCAACACACACGAGGGAGCCAGCCAGCUGGGUCAGAAACCUGCACAUCAUCCAAACUAUAUAGGAUAUCCUCAUUGUAACUGAAUCUCCUAGAACGAUGAGAGAAACUGUCUGUAUCAGUUGGACAAACUGGCAUGAAGUGUUUCUGCUGUGCAGUAUAUAAAUGAACAAUGCUCAGUCUUGUGUAGUAAAAUCAUGCUUUAAUAUAUAGAAGUGUAAUGGAAAUAUACAAGUUUAUGGUCUCUGAUCCUAUUAAUGAGGUAUAUUUCAAUUGAUGUAAAUAUUGUUCAUUAACUUGUGCUUAAUUUUCUGUUAUGAAUCUUGACUUAAUAGAUUGUUGUCAUGUAAAUUUCUUAUUCCUCU